AUGUAAUUUUCUAAGAACGAUGUGUUUUGGGGCAAAAUCUAAGGCUAUCCUUAUUGGCCAUGUACAAUAGCAUAUGAUAAACCAGAUAAAUAAAAAUGUAGAGUAUUUUUCUUUGGUGAAAAUGAACAGUUAAAUUUAAUUAUCAUUUUAGAGGUGAACUUAAAUAUUCAGAUCUUAAACCUUUUGAAGAGCAUUUUGAAUAAUAUUGUGGUUAAGCCAAAAAGAAUAAUAGUUUAAAAAUUGCUAUUGAAUAAGCAUUAAAUAAAGAAAGUCAUAAACAUCUCUUACCAACUUAUGAAAGUAUAAUAAAAAUACUAUCUAAAAAGAAAUCAUUAAAGGUACCAACCAUUCAAAAGUUCAAGAAUCAAAAUAAAAUAAAAACAAUAAUGAAGUUAAAAUGCAACCAUUAAAAUAAUCAUAACCAAAAAAAAUAGAAAUUUUCAUAUAAAAACAUUUUAAAGAUGUAAAAGGAGAUGUUAUUAACUAAAUUCUUGAGAAAUGCAAUAAUAAUCAAAAAAAAGUAGUGAAGGCUAUAAAAGUAAAGUUAAUUCUUUAAUAAAGGCUUAUUCUUCACUAUAAGCAGGAAUAAUAAAUAAGAUAUUUAAUUUUGAGACAUUUGAAAAUUAUUAUGAUUCCUCUAUCAACAUUACAAAGAAUGACAAUUACUCAAUAUUUACUGCAUUGCUUGAUCCGAAUGAAAUUAAAAUAUUUUUUUGA